UUUCGACAUCUCGACACAGCCACGUAUCACGAAAUCCACCUUACUAAGCUGAGACUUCGUAGGAGUUGAACGGACGAUCCCUCUCCUCAAUCGCAGCGACAAGAAAUUCAAAUCAUAAAACUGAUGGGCUCGCACGCUCAGCUUUUUAGACACAGCAAAAACACGGUAUGGUCGAUACAGAUCUUGCUUUCACUCUGUAACCCCUUGGUGGCUAUGACAAAUGAAAUUGCGCCGCCCGCCAGCCUGAACGCCCGCGACAGCUUGCAUAGAUCUUUCUGCCAGGAGACCGUUGUUCUCAUUUUGUAACUCCCCUUCAACUUAUCGGACCCGAACCUUCACAUCGACCUGUGAAACACUGGCCCUUCUCUUGGAGAAGAUGCACACGGAGGAAGCUCAAGAAACGGCGACUACUCUGCCGUCUUUUCAUUCUAGAUCCGAGGUCUUACAUGCACAGAGAAUCUCUGGCAUCGUGGUAUCCGAGCCAGCGACAAACCAGUAUGACUCAUAAUGCAACUGAGGACAAUGGGCCGGGGCGAACCACGUUCUCUGUCGAGAGAGGAUAUAUAACCCAGCCGAGUUACAAGGGUGCCUAACUUCCUGAAUCCAUCUUCCGCUGACGUUUCUCGACCACCGGUGUAUCACUGUUUUGUGGUUUACCGCCCGUGCACUUCAUAAAGAACGAAAGAAAGAACGAGCCCUCGUUGUGGCCACUAUUCGCAAGAUGUUACUUCGCUUGACCUCUCAAGACCUCUUCAAUACCACACUCGUCGAUAACGCGACAAGCCAACCCUCUUUCCAUCUGUCAACCACUAUUGUCGCAGGACCUUCGAAGGGCCCGGUCCGCCGUCGCACCGAGAUUCAUGAUGCGUCCGGUGAUAUCGUCGGCACAAUCGACUGGGAGGGCCGUGUUCCCCAGCACAUCGUCUUGCUUGAUGAGGCAGUUGGGGGACUGGUUGACCUCUUUGCAGCGAAAACCAUCGCAAUCAUACCGCGAGAGCUAUCGCUAUCUACACGCUUUGACACCGAGUUCGUAUGGACGGCCACACCCGAGGAAGUCUUUUUGUUGGAUAUUGACUCUGGCAACAGGAUGGCCGAACUUCACCCACCGAGGCCUUCUCUCCCAUCUCUCACCUUUCCUUUGCGGACAGCCAAACUGAAGCAGUCUUCGCUCGGCUCAUCUGUGACCUCUUUAUCGGCCACCAGCACCAGUGCCGACAGCACAUUACUUCCUCGUGGCACCCCCUUCGUUUCUCUCACUUCACACCCGCACGGACUCGCCUCGGAUGUCGAGCUUCUCGUCUCGCUCUUGAUGUUGGACAUUUUGCGCCGGGGUCGAUUCCAACUGCCCGCCUACCGAUUCGGACCACCCUCACCAUGGAGAGAGGUUUGGUCACGCAUCAGCCGCCCGCGGAGGAAUACUGUCUAGUCUUUUUAUCUUUCACUUUACAUGACAUACAUAUGUACUCGUAA